GGAAUUGGAGUUCUUUUUAAAGAUGGCAUCUUUAAAGGAAAAGAGUGAAGGGGCAGCAAGUUCAGAGGAGGAAAAUAAUGAGAGCUCUAAUUUCUAUGAUAUUUAUGGACCUCAAGCAAAAGCAGAAAUUGUUUUCAAGACGCCAGAAACUAACUCUACUUUGAAUUUGCAAGACGUUCAAGGACUUGUUACCUGGGUUCUUGCUGAAGGAUUCAUGCCUUCCUGGGUUUUUAUUAAGAAUAAGCCACUGAUUCCGAAAGUUGUGAUGCUUUAUGUCCCUGGCCUGGAUGCAGCUUUGUACUUAGCACAAUCCAAGACACUUUCUGGUUUAAAAAAAAGUUGUGGCAAUCCAAGGGCACUUUUAGCUCUUAGCUGUGUGUCGGAUGGGAUGCAGACAAUAGAUGCACUGCUAACGUGCAAGGUGAAGAGAAAGAGAAACCUAAUUGAUACAAUGAGGGACACGAGCCAGUCUGCUGAACAAGAAAGAUCCAUCUCUGAAAUGGACUCCGCAGAACUCUUGAAAGAUCUUCCUUUCCCCGUUACAUAUUACACACUCACAGCAAAGGAACUAGAAGACAAUGGAUAUUGCCUUAAUCAACCAGGUUUUGUUUCUACUCUUCCUGCUCCUGCUGGAUCUUCUCCUUACAAAAUAUUGGCACUUGACUGUGAAAUGUGUAUAACAAGUGAGGGUUUCGAGCUUACAAGAGUGACCCUGGUUGAUAUUAAAGGACAGGUUGUACUAGAUAAAUUGGUUAAACCAUCAAACCCUAUCACUGAUUACAACACAAGGUAUAGCGGAAUCACAUACGAGAUGCUGAGUGGAGUGACUACAAGUCUUCAAGAUGUUCAGGAAGAUUUUCUGAAGCUGGUUUACAAAGAUACCAUCCUAAUUGGGCACUCCUUGGAAAAUGACUUAUUAGCUUUGAAGAUUUCUCAUGAUUUGGUAAUUGAUACCUCUGUAUUAUACAAACACCCUCGUGGUGGAUCUUACAAAACUGCUCUUCGAGUUCUUGCCAAGAGAUUUCUUUCUAGCGAGAUUCAGCAAUCGGGGAAUGGACAUGAUAGUAUCGAAGAUGCAAGAGCUGCUAUGGAACUGGCUCUGUUAAAGAUUAAAAAUGGACCUGAUUUUGGUUCGCCACCGUCAUUUAUGCGCAAAAAGCUCCUUAGUCUUUUGGGUGAGUGUGGCAAGACCUCAUCUUUCAUUGAUGAUAUUUCCAUAGUGAAGCGAUAUGCUUCUGAGUCAUCCCAUGCGAUUCCAGUGUGCUCCGAUGAUGAAGCUCUUUUAAAGGCUAGAAAAGAGGUCAAGAAUGAUCGUGUACACUUUGUCUGGACCCACUUUUCAGAAUUGAAUUCCUAUUUCAGAAAACAAGCUGAGGAUGAUGUAAAGUUGAAUGGAAAACUUGCAGAAAUGAUAUCAUUGCUUACAUGUGAUAAGAAACCUGCCAAUUGGAAAGGAAUCAAAAACAAUGUUUCAACUGAGCUGAAGGAAAUUUUAACUCGCAUUAAUGCUAGGGUUUAUAGUCUCCACACUGCAUUACCAACUAACUCCAUGUUUAUCAUUUGCACAGGACAUGGGGACAUAGCCAUUGUUCAUAGACUGAGGAAAAUGCUUACAGAGCAAAGUGAAACAACGGUUUCCCGUGAGAAACUUGUAAAGGUCUUAGAAGAGCUGCAGGCCCAAGCUGAAGUAGCUUUGUGUUUUGUUGGCAUGAAGCAUUAGGUGUACCACUGUUAAGGUGUCUUGCAUUUUUGAAGAGAAAAGAGGAAUGCUUAUGUAAAUUUUCAGGAUACUGCAAUUUGUACAAUGACAAUUAUUCCUUGGAUGCUGGUAUCCCCUCCUUCCGCCCACAAAAGAAAAAUGGUAGAGGUUAUUCUUAUUCUUUGGAUGCUGGGAAAAUUUUAUAAUUUAUGAUGAAAAUUCUAUAGUGCUAGUUUUUAUCAA